AUGGUCUCAAAUAUCGAUGGGAAUGCAAAGUAUUCCCACCAGCCUGGUGACCGUUCACCGAUAGCGUCGGAUCAUCCUCCCACUAUGGAAUGGAUACCGGAGUCCGACGCGUCUGACAUCUCUACUCGUCCACCUCUGAACUCACAGCAAUCAAGUUCCCUCCCUUCAACGCCCUAUCAACAUGCGCGCAACCUCUCCUUUCACUCGCGGUCGCCGUCCCCCGCCCGCGGAAGCACAUCACCUCGUUCUACACACUCCGAGUCUACCCACUUACCUCCUUCGGCCCGGAAACCUCUCGGAGGUUGCAAGUAUGAGACCGCUAUGGCUUUCUUUCGAAGACGAAUACCGUAUAGCCUUGGAGCGGAUAUAUUACCAGAGGAGAGGGAGGGGUUAAAAGAGAAAUUGGACGACAAAGAGGAGAAGAAAUUGACUGCCGAUAUAAUGGAAUUAUACGAUCGAUUAUUACCGUCUGCGGAGAGUGAUGAUCGGAGGCGGCAACUUGUACGAAAAUUGGAGAAGCUAUUUAAUGAUCAAUGGCCCGGUCACGAUAUUAAGGCUCAUGUUUUUGGUUCGUCGGGGAAUAAGCUUUGUUCUAGCGAUUCGGAUGUCGACAUUUGCAUCACCACCAACUUCAAAGAACUGGAACAUGUGUGUUUAUUAGCGGAGGUCUUGGCAAAGCAUGGCAUGCAACGGGUGGUCUGUGUCUCUCAUGCCAAGGUUCCAAUUGUCAAGAUUUGGGAUCCGGAGCUGAAAUUGGCGUGCGACAUGAAUGUCAACAAUACCCUCGCAUUGGAAAAUACUCGCAUGAUUCGAACCUAUGUGGAUGUGGAUGAAAGGGUGCGGCCGUUGGCAAUGGCUGUUAAGCACUGGACAAAACAACGGAUACUGAAUGAUGCUGCGCUGGGUGGCACAUUAAGUUCAUACACUUGGAUAUGCCUGAUCAUCAACUUUUUGCAGACUCGAGAUCCACCGAUUUUGCCAAGUCUGCAAGCACGCCCCCACAAGAAAAGAGUAACAUCAGAUGGACUGGUGUGUUCGUUCGACGAUGAUAUGAAGUCAUUACAUGGGUUCGGACAGAAGAAUAAACGGUCAGUGGGAGAAUUGCUCUUCGAUUUCUUCCGAUACUAUGGACAUGAGCUCGACUAUGAGCAAAACGUCAUCUCCGUUCGUGAAGGCAUUUUGGUGGACAAAAAGGGCAAGGGCUGGCACUUGCUCAUGAACAACCGUCUUUGUGUCGAAGAGCCGUUCAAUAACUCGCGAAAUCUCGGCAAUACGGCUGAUGAUACGUCAUUCCGAGGUCUGCAUAUGGAAUUAAGAAGGGCGUUCAAGCAUGUAUCGGACGCUGAUUUGGCGGGGUGCUGUGAUCAAUUCGAAUUUCCACCUGAGGAAGAGCGAACUUGGGAGCGACCACCGCCUCAACCACGUCCGAUCAUCACACCUUCCUUACCGACUCGUGGAGGCCGGGGAGGUGGCCGAGGUGGCCGACAUCCCAACCAGUUCAGAGGCGGGUUCUCUGGCGGCCGCCGGACGUCCAACACUGGUAACAAGGGCAAUAACACCUUCAGACAACCGACUGCGACAAGUGCCAAUGACUUGUCCAUGCAGGCUCAGCAGCAAGCUCAGUACAUGUUGCAUGAUCAACUUUUUCAACAGAUACAGCUUCUACGGGAACAAGAACAAGAACUGAGGAUGCAACUCGCAAACCAAGCCCUAAUUACUGGACGCACUGCUCCGGCAAAUUAUCUUCGUCAACCUUUUAUUCAAUUUCCUAUACCUCAACAACAGGAGUUCUCCGCGGAUGAGAGUUCACGGUCAAGAUCAGGAACAGUCAAUCAAUCGCCGCUUACUCCCUCACAUCGACAGCAACAACAACCUUUCUUCGCCCCUACCUACGCUUCUGUCAGUGCUUCCGGUACACAGGCAAGUACUACAAACCCUCCAUCACCAUCCGCCACCACUGCUCUACCUGAUCUUCGCCGAAACCCCCGAAGGUCCUCCGCCGCCAGCGGUUCACCAAAGGGAUCCCUACGAGCACAAUCACAACCUGCUCGACCGGGUAAUUCUCCAAAUCUUCAGUCCUUCCCUUCUCUAUACGCAAUCCCACAGCCAUUGGAUACCUCAUUUGGCUCCAAACAACGUCACGCCCCUGAAUCAUCAGAAGGUGGAGAGGGCAGCAGUGGUGACGAGAACGCAAUGCCACCGAACAGUCUCCCAAGCAAUGGAUCUCGUUCAGGGUCCGUGGAUGAGAACCGACCUCAAGAUCUCUUGGGAUACUAUCUCACUCCGCAACAGUUGCAGCUGUUUCAACAAAAUCAACUGUUGUCGCCUAUGGGUCUUACAAUGCCAAACGGGUAUACGUCGUUACUUCAAGUUCAACAGGACUAUAGGACGAGUACCCUGUCCUCUGAUGGAUCGCCCUCACUGUCUGAUCAAGCUCCCAUGUCAACACCAAGAUCUUCAGUCUCGCAGCCACCACCGCCACGAUCAGCAUCACGCCCAGUGGCACCUAUUGACCGUGGUCCUCUGAUUGUCGAUGGCUCGGUACCACCAAGCGAUAAUCGGGCUUCAUCAUAUCCCUCUGACUUGAUUGAUCCCUAUACUGCCGUGACGCAUUACACAUCAACCUCAGACGACCAGAACAUCAACACGCCCGCUAGCUUCUCUGAUUCAUUAUCUCAAGACUUCCAAGAUCCCGGACCGUUCGAAAUGGACCCGCCAGCCCCUCUCGCUCGACCAGCAACAUUCGACGGACCAAAAAUGACCAAUGGCACUGGUAAUGGCAUUAGUAACCUCAACGGCCAUGCCGAGCCACAUGCAGACAAGUCCAACGGCCAACCAGAGCUUCUCGCCAGUCGACUACAGAACUACCAUCUGUCAAACGCAGAGAAACUUGCCCAGUCACAUGCCACACAAAAGACGAGUCCCAAUAAACCCACACCCUCUCACCAGGGCACAAGUGCAACCAAGGACUCGUCAUCGUCUCAGACCAAGAACUCAUCGUCCCCAACCGACAAAGCUUCCAACGGCUCGGGCUCACAUGGAAAUGGAAAUGAAUCACGACAACAAACAUCCAAUUCAAAAAGAAGACCAAACGGCUUAGAUGCAUCUGAGAAGGUCAACGGUGUCAACCACAGCAACAGCCAUAACCACAAUCACGGCCAUAACCAUCACAAGCCCAAAUCAAAGGGACGACACGAAUCUAACACGGGUAACGAGUCCCGGAAAUCAGGCGGACCAACCACAAAUGGCAAUGGCAAUGGCAUGACAGAAAACGGUCACGGAGGGUGGCAGACGACGAAGAAAAAGAACCGAAGAAGCGGUAAACCAUCUCCUGAAUCUCGCAAUGGGAUUCAUGGUGGUCCUGAACCUCUUCCUGCUGAUGAAUCUAUGCGCAAAGGUGGUUGA